AUGCCAGGCACAGACGAGCAUCCCCAUUCGGACCUGGACAUAGAUCUCAGUACGGUCAUAGCAGAGUCCAUCUCCACUCUUGCCCACCAAGACCACCCCCACCAUGAUGACGUGCUGCAAAAGCACGCCGAUUUGCAGUCUGAUUUGCCGCAAAAUCACUUCGAGGACCAGCACCAAGACCUAGACUUGGAAAGUGCCAUAGGCGAUGUUUUCAGCCAGUUUGAUUUCGCCAAACAGGAGUCGGAAGUGGCCAGCUCCAGUGCAGAACAUCCGUUGCAAUCGGAAGAGUUGAAGGAGCACAAGCCCGAAAAUGAGCAGUUACAGGAUGCCAAGUCACAGGAAGAUACCAAUCAGUACCAGUCACAGGAUGCUAAGUCACAGGAGGAUACCCACCAGUACCAGGAAGAUACCCACCAAUACCUCGAACCACUGGGCGACCAACCACAUGCAUUCACUAAGGAAUUGUCCGAGGAAGCAUUGGAUGAAGCCAUUGGCAACGCUUUCCAAAGUGCCAUCAACGACACAAAUGAGCCUGAGGGUGCCCACGACACCAACACCCAGGACGACGACGCCAAUCUCGACGAGGCAAUUGGCGAUGCCUUCAAGAACCUCUUGGGUGGACACGAAGCUGGCGAUUCCUACGCUGAGAACCACCAGCCUCAGGAGAGCCCCCGCCCUGUACACGACAAUGGCCCUGACCAACCCGAUAAUACAGUGUCCAAGUCCGAACAACCACAAACAGAUGUCUCAAAUCCGAAUCCGGAGCAGGCACACCAUUAUGAAGUUAGACUGGCCCAAGACACGAAUUCUCAAGACAACAACCACGAAAGCCAACUUCCAACAGAGACUCAAGACGAGGACAACUCGUUGCAGGAUGCUAUAGGAAAUGCAUUUAAUGACAUAUUUCAAGAAAACCAGUCCAAACCUCCCGAACAGAAUGAACAAAAGCAACAACUGGCUGAGGCAAUAGAUUCAGUGUUAGAAAACCUAAUAAGUCAACUGAGUUCCCCUACGUCGCAGAAUAAAGCCGAAGAGGACUACUCAAUGGAUAAUGAUUUAGAUCUAGACGCAGCCAUCGGUGACGCAUUUAAAAGUAUUCUCCCCUCCGGCGAAGCUCAAAAGGAGAAUACACAGCAUAGUGAAUCUAACACGCAUACUGAAGCUGUCGAACAGCCUAAAGCAACCAACGAGGAAGAUAAGGGCCAAGAAGAAGAUCUUGACCUUGAAAAUGCAAUAGGCGAGGCCUUCAAAUCUCUUACUGCCCAGAGUGAUGCUCCACAAGCUCCAGCAGAACCGGCACCACCUGUGACCACUGAAAAUGAGUUAGACGAUGAUGAAUUAAGUGCAAUGAUUUCUGCUUCAUUUAAAAAGGUAAUGGACAAACCAGAGAACUCCCAGCCUGCUGAAGGUAACUCAGAGGUUACUGAAAAUUCCAAUACUAGCAUCAGUGACGAUAAAUUCAUGGAGAGUGCCAUCACCGAAGCAUUCAUGUCUGCUAUGCAAAACUCGGAUAGUGCUAUCAAAAUUCCAACAUCAGAGCUUCAGUCAGAAAGAAGAAUGUCAGAGGGUACGGUGGAUCUUUCAAGACUAGUGCAGAAUUUGGUUACCCAAAUGGCCACUCAAGAAGAGACACUGGUUUCUGAAAAGCUACCCAUCUCGCAGGAUGUGUUGAAAGAGCUUGCUUUGGAAAUCACAAGUCAAGUGCAGGACCACUUGACAGAAGAUGAUGUUGUCAAAAAACAGAACACUAUGACAGACUUACCUCAAAUCGAAGAUAACGUGCUCGCCCACUUUCAAAACGAAGCCCAUAAAGAUGAAAGAUGGAGUAAAAAAGAAGCUACCAAAAGCAAGAUAAAUCCUACUGCUCUUGCUCAAGUUGUCAGAAACGCCAUUAGGACUACCGACUCACAAGCUGAUAGACAUGGUUCUGUAUCACAUGAACCCACAGAUGCCGAAUUAGAUAAGUUGCUGAUGAAUGAUAUUAUUCAAAAUGCGUUCAACAUGGCAAUGGAAAACCCACAUGAACUACUUUCCGAUUUGGAAAUAGAUGAAGAAGUUCCACUUUCAGGCAGAAGUGCGUUACCUUUGAAUACGUCUACUUUUUCCAGAACCAGGCCUCCCGAAUCUUCGACGAUACAGCCUAGGCAAGGCCAAUCCUCCGAGCUUUAUAAUGCAAGCCGGAACAGAGUACCUGGUUCAAAUAACAUUUCAGCAACGUAUGGAAAAAGUGGUGAGAUUACGAACUCUAAUAGAGACUUAGGCACAGGGAAGUCAUUAUCGAUCGCAGAAACUCUUGCCUUGCAUCGGUCUUCCAUGAAUAUCGGCCCUAGAAGGGACUAUUCGACUAUCGAAUCUUUAGAAGAGGCAUUGAAGUCAAGCAGAUCAAGUAAUGAACCUAUUCGUUCUCAGAUCUCAAGUGUGAUCCAUUCAAUCAACUCACGUAUGAACAACAAUAGAGUAAGAUCCUCAAAUGAUUCUGAUUUUCUUGGGGCCAUCCAGCAAAUGACAAAUAUGUUAACAUCUGACUCCAGUAUUAAUAAUUCUGCAUUAUUGUCCAUUUUGCGAGAAACUCCUAGCGUAACUGAAAUCAUUUCUACUUAUAAAGAAAUUGAGGACAAGGAAAAUAUGGUGAACUCCUUAUUCUUAACCAAGAGUUAUCUCAGCAAACAUUCUUCCUCAUCUUCAGAUAACAUCAGGGCCAUCUCCUUAAUUGAUAAAGUGAUUCAAGAAUUCAAUCAAUCUACGGAUGCCAUUAUUGGUAGAACAUCCUUGUCGCACUUACCUAACAUAAAAUCUGAAGUCAUUUCGAACAUCAGUCGAUCUGUGGUAUCUGCAAUCUCGAACUACUCAUCAUCCCAUAAACUCAACAGAACUACGAUUUCUACUAAUGAUCAAGUAAAGGAAGAGGAAGAUAUGAGAGAAAAAAUACGUCUUGAAAAUAGAGCUCGUAAAAAGAGAUGGAGAGAAGAGAAUUCUGAAAGAAAUAAAGAUAAUGAUUUAAGAUCUCGUGUUUGGAGAAGAGCCGCAAUUUUAUUCGGUGAGAAGGAUACUCCAGAAAAGAAAGAAUGGGCGGAUAAAGAAUUCGAGAAGCGCAGAGACAAAAGGAUCGCAAGAAGGGAGAAGCAAACAGUAAAAAGUGAACCUGAAGAACCUGUCUCUAAUGAGAAGGAAGAAGACUUGGUUAAUGAUCCUAAGUUCAUCAAACCUGUAACGGAUAUAUUCAAUAUCGUGUCGAGUUUCACUAAUCACGAAGACCCACAAGCAGCCUUGGCAGCAACAUCUGCUGCAACAGCAACUAUGGCUGCGGUAUAUGCCACGGGCAACAAGUUUACCGAUUUUGAAAAGGUCGACUCUGCUGUGUCCACAAUAUUGGCAAAUAUAAUGAGGAAGAUUGAUACAGUAGGCCAACACCAAAGGAUGGCAAGUCUUACAAAGGGUAUAUCAUCAAAUUAUGAUCCCAACAUUUACAGAACAAAACUGGACAAACCUCUUAUGGGAACACCCGCAAGAAAGCCAGCCAUGAAAAGACCAACUAGCGAGCCCAAUUCUUAUGAGAAAAGGAAGCCGGAGGAUACUUUGAAUAACGAGUUGAAAAAAUCCAAACUAGAUACUGGAGAUAGGACAAGAAUUCCCGAUACUUCGAUUACGGCUCCAUCGCCUUGGAGUACUCCAGUAUUGAAGAUGCCACACUAUAAAAACCCAGAAGGGUUCUCUUAUGGGCCAAAAAGAUUUGCCAGCACUUCGUCGGCCCCCUCACCAUUCAUAUCAAACAAAGCAAACUUUGGUAUGGAUAAAGGAGCUUCCAAGCCAAUUAGUACUGGUUUAAGAAAGCCUGGUAGCUUUCAAAGACCAAUAUCGAAACCCGAGAGAAAAGGUUUCGGAGCCCCUCCCGUACAUUCUACACUUUAA